AUGGCUGCACCUACGUCUCGACCUCUAGAGUACCUAGAAGGUCUGCCUGGUGCGACAUUCCUCCAAUUAUACAAGCAACCAUCUACUGCACUCGCUAUUUUCCGGCGCAUGUUGCCUGAUCUGGCAAAAUGUUUUGUGAUGGCCCUGCUAUAUCUGAAGGACCCGCUUCCUUCCGCUGAUCUGGAGAUCUGGGUCAAGACAGAAAGCAAGAAACAGCGAGAUAACGCAUUAUCGAUCUUGGGCCGGCUUCAUAUUUUGGCUAACGCUCGUACCGACGACAAUACUCGGGCGUACAUGGUCACCAACCCGUUCGCGUCAUCGCUGCGCCAAGCUCUCACAGGCUCCGAGGACACACAGUCCUUUGGUGUCUUUUCCCAAAUACCCGAACAAAGUAAAGUCUCAAUUCAUGAUCUGGACGAAUACGGUCGACGACAAUGGGAAGGUGUCUUGGGUUACAUGGUUGGAACAAGUGCUCUCACUGGAAACCGUGAUACCGUGAACUUGAGCAAGGGUGUGAAAACAUUGCUACAAGCAGGCAAUCUCGUCGAAAUCAGGGGCGGACGCGUGGAUAUCACGAAGGAUGGCUUUGGUUUUGUGCUACAAGAUGUCAACACGCAGGUCUGGCACAUCAUGAUCCUCUAUGUUGAGAGUGCUGAAUCGCUCGGCAUGGAUCGAGUGGAGGUUCUCUCAUUCCUAUUCCUACUCAGCAGUCUGGAGCUGGGUCAAUCUUACGAGAAGACGGGAAUGACAUCGACCCAACUUCGCACUUUGGCUGACCUGUCAGACUUCGGUAUCGUCUACCAAGAAAGUCCUGAGGCGCCGCGGUUCUAUCCCACACGACUUGCCACAACCUUGACUUCUGAUUCGAGUGCACUGGGAACUGCAGGCAGUGGUUCACUGACUGGACCUGGCGACCAGCCAGGCGGCUCAGGAUCGGGAUUCAUCAUCAUCGAAACCAACUAUCGCCUCUACGCAUACACGUCAUCUCCCCUCCAGAUCUCUCUUAUCUCUCUCUUUACCAAUUUGAAAUACCGCUUCCCCAAUUUGGUGACAGGCAAGAUCAACCGCCAAUCGGUGCGCCGGGCCAUUGAGACAGGUAUUACAGCCGAGCAGAUUAUCUCUUAUCUGCAUUCGCAUGCCCAUCCUCAGCUGCGUAAACAUAAUGCUGGCAAUCCCACAUCGAACUCGUCAUUACAGGCCCCAGUGCUUCCCCCUACAGUGACCGAUCAGAUUCGUCUGUGGCAGCUUGAGCGUGAUCGUCUCAGAGCCACAGCAGGCUUCCUGUUUAAGGACUUUACCAGCUUGGCUGAAUAUGAAGCUCCCUGCAAUUAUGCCGCAGAGAUUGGUGUUUUGGUCUGGAAGUCUGACAAAAAGCGCAUGUUUUUCGUAUCACGGCACGAACAGGUAGCUGCCUUCCUCAGGCAACGGAGAUAG